CUACGCCACCCCAUUCACCUUCGGCCCAUCCUUCCUCUCCAUGCCACUGCUUACACAGACGUCGAGAACACUGAGCGCGCGUGGAAGAGCGGCGACAGGUACACGCGCGUGUGGCAGCCGAUGAUCCGGGCGCUCAUCAUCGUCUACCCCCUCGCCACGCUCAUCUUCCUGGUCAACUUCACCGUCGAGUGCUGCGUCAAGAAGUUCAUGUACUUCCGGCUGCUGUCCAUGCGCAUCCUGGUCGACUGGGCGAACCGGCAGAUGUGGGAGACGCUGUUCUUCUACUACUUCCUCGGUACCUGGGGUGUCAUGAACGCCUGGGCCAUCUGGGGCUUGAAGGAGUACUACGGAAGGCUCGGCAACACGGGAGUAGACCCGACGUCGUUCGGCACCUUCGUCAUCGUCAACCUGCAGACCGUGCAGCUGCUCAUCUACUACUACAAGCUGCUCUCCUCGGAGACGCGCCUGGUGUCCCUCAACCAGCUGUUCGAGCGGGCGCCUGUCGAGGCACAGCACCUGCUGGAAUACACCUACGUGAUUGAGGAGGAGGACUUGGUCCAGGAGUGCUACGACUUCUCCAAGGCCACCCAGAAGGCUCGCCUGCACCGCAUCGCCAACAUGUUCACGUGCGGCCUCACGGGCAAGGAGUGGCACGGCAGCAAGGACGGGGACAUCUACUUCAACAUCCAGCGCCUCAAGGAGCGCGCGGCCAACUUCAAGGAGGUAAAUGAGAAGAUCAAGCGCCUGCGCGAGAGCAUGGCGCCACCGGCAAAGGAGGUUAAGCAAGAGGAGAAGCAGCCGGUCAUCAGCGAGAUCACACCGGCGUCCCCUGGCGGCGAGGCAGUUCGAACCGUCGAGGAUGUGACGGUGACGGUGCGCGUCAACUCGACAAG